GUUUUCUACCAUCCCUGCUGUCCCCUUGGCCAAAACAGAUACUUGGCCAAAGGAUGUGGGCAUCCUUGCCCUGGAGGUCUAUUUCCCAGCCCAGUAUGUGGACCAAACAGACCUGGAGAAGUAUAACAAUGUAGAAGCAGGGAGGUACACCGUGGGCUUGGGCCAAACCCAUAUGGGCUUCUGCUCAGUCCAGGAGGACAUCAACUCCCUGUGCCUGACGGUGGUGCAGCGGCUGAUGGAGCGCACGCAGCUCCCGUGGGACUCUGUGGGAUGGCUGGAAGUGGGCACUGAGACCAUCAUCGACAAGUCCAAGGCUGUCAAAACAGUGCUCAUGGAGCUCUUCCAGGAUUCAGGCAACACUGACAUUGAGGGCAUAGAUACCACCAAUGCCUGCUACGGGGGCACGGCCUCCCUCUUCCAUGCUGCCAACUGGGUGGAGUCCAGCUCCUGGGAUGGUCGCUACGCAAUGGUGGUCUGCGGAGAUAUUGCAGUCUAUCCCAGUGGUAACGCUCGCCCCACAGGUGGGGCCGGAGCUGUGGCCAUGCUGGUUGGGCCCAAGGCCCCUCUGGCCCUCGAGAGAGGGCUCAGAGGAACCCACAUGGAGAACGUAUACGACUUCUACAAACCAGAUGCGGCUACAGAGUACCCAAUAGUGGAUGGCAAGCUCUCCAUCCAGUGCUACCUACGGGCCUUGGACAGAUGUUACACAUUAUACCGUCAAAAAAUCCAGAACCAGUGGAAACAAGCUGGCAUCGAUCGGCCUUUCACUCUUGAUGACUUGCAGUUUAUGAUCUUUCACACACCCUUCUGCAAGAUGGUCCAGAAAUCCCUGGCUCGCCUGAUGUUCAGUGACUUCCUGUCAGACAGCAACCACACGCGGACCCCCCUCUAUGAGGGGCUAGAGGCCUUCAGGGGGCUAACGCUGGAAGAAACCUACACCAACAAGGACAUGGAUAAAGCACUUCAAAAGGCCUCCCUGGACAUGUUCAACAAGAAAACCAAGGCCUCCCUUUACCUCUCCACUCACAACGGGAAUACGUACACCUCAUCCCUAUAUGGGUGUCUGGCCUCCCUUCUGUCCCAGUACUCCGCCCAGGACUUGGCUGGCUCCAGGAUUGGGGCCUUCUCUUAUGGCUCUGGCUUGGCAGCAAGUUUUUUUUCGUUUCGAGCAUCCAAGGAUGCUUCUCCAGGAUCCCCCCUGGAGAAGCUGGUGUCUAGUAUGUCAGACCUGCCACAACGCCUUGCCUCCCGGAAGCGUAUGUCUCCUCAGGAGUUCACAGAAAUAAUGGACCAAAGAGAACAAUUCUACCAUAAGGUGAAUUUCUCACCACCUGGCGACACGAGCAGUCUUUUCCCCGGCACGUGGUACCUAGCGCGAGUGGAUGAGCUAUAUCGUCGCAAGUACGCCCGGCGACCAGUCUAAAGGUGACCAUGGUUCCUGGGAAAUCUACACUAGCAGAGUUUCUGCUCAUGGAUCAUAUUUUUAAAAGCCCAUUUUUAGAUGGAAAUGGAUUGGAUUGGACACCGUAGUCCCCAGAAGCAGCGGCCUUGGAGAGUGAGGGGCCGUCCUUAGUGGUCCUUCCUGCCUUUCUCUGCUGCAGUCACUGUCCUGGGCUAAUGGUGGCGCAGGGGUCCUCUCUGGAAAAGCGGAUGCAAAGAAGGCCUAGCCCAGAAUCACUGCUCUCCGGAACUGGGAAGAAAAUCCAGAUAACUUUGCCUAUCCUGUUCCCUUGUGGUCAUUAUUAUCAUUAUUAGAUUUUUGUGCUGUUAUAUCUCUAUUCCUUUCUUAAGGUUUUUGGUCAAUUUCUAGAUGUUGUAGCAGGUAUUAAACCCAUAUAACACAA